AUGAAGUACUACGAGUGCCCCGUGCCCCAGCCCCGGGGGAUCAAAGCCUACAGCGCGAGCUGCGCCGUCCCCGCGAGCUGCGCGCGCGCCGCGUCCCUGAAGCCCGUGCGCAGCGUGCACUUCCCCAACGACGUGCUGUUCCAGGACUACGUGCGCCACGGAGAGCUGGAGCGCAUCGGCCGGUUCAUCCGGGCCCAGAGACGGCGUCUUUGCGCGUGUGUGUGCGCAGGCAUGGCAGCCAUCCACGAGGCCGUCCUGUCCGGGAACCUGGAGUGCGUGAAGCUGCUGGUGCACCACGGGGCGGACAUCCACCAGCGGGACGAGGAGGGCUGGACCCCGCUGCACAUGGCCUGCAGCGACGGGUUCCCGCACAUCGCACGGUACCUGCUCUCUCUGGGCGCAGACCCCCAGCUGGAGAACGACUGCGGGGAGAAGCCCGCGGACCUCAUCGACCCGGAGAGCCGCGAACUGCUGGAGCUGUUCGGGCUCCGGGCCGCCGACUGA